AAAACAUAAAAUUAUAUAUGUAUAAUAAAUGAAGUAUAUAUAACUUAUAAAAUGUGCAUUAAAGAUACGACACAUUGGGUAUGGAAGUGAUGACACAAUGUGAAAAGCAAGUAAAUAAGUUAAAGAUCUUUCUCAAAAUAUGAGUGUUAUGCUGAGUCGCAUAGACUUUGAUCCUCAGAAACUUGCUGACGAAGAAGAAGCAGAGCUUGACAGAGAGGAUGCACAACAACAACGUGAGCUCAAGGCCUUUCUUGACAAUGAGCUGGACGAUGAUUUUUUGGACGAUGCCUCGUUUACACUACAACAAAGUUAUGAUGUUCAAACCCAUGAAAACCAACCUGCAACAAACGGGGAGAGACCAUCUUAUAUACCACAAGAAACAAGUAAGCGUGUAUUGACACAGAAUGUUGACCACCCCGAUAUCGAAGGGAAUAGUUAUGACGAAUUGGCUGUUUAUUCAAAUAAUGGUUAUGCUAAUGGUGAAGUGUUUUCAAAUGAACCUACUAAUUAUCCAGGAUUAUCUAGGAACCACACAAAUAAUAGUGAUUACAAUAAUGAAACAAACUUCCCUUUCCAAACUCAAACUCAUAGCUAUUAUGCCAGUGAAAGCCACCCUUCUGCAGACGAUCCAGCAAAGAGAAAAAAGACGGAAAAUGCCCAACUCCAAAUUUUGUAUGCUGCUAGAGGGAGGAAGAUUGAGGAGUUGCAGAAAGAGAUGGAAGAAAAGGAAGAAGAGAUGGCGAAAAAUAACAGGAUCUUGCAACACAGACUAACCAUGAUGACAAGCGAAAAGGAUGGUCUACAAACAAGCAAUGAUCAACUUCAAAGUUUACUUUUGCAACACAAGAAAGACAUUACAUUGCUUCAAAAACAAAUUGAAGACGAGCAGAACCAGAAUCGGCAGCUAAGUAACAAACUGCAUGAAGUAAGUGAGAAGUUAUAUUUGUCUGAUGGGACUAUUGAUUCGUUGCAACAACAAAUUAAACAGUUGAAUCAAUCCGAAUCGAUAGCACGAGCUCGUGCUCAACAUGAAAGUAUGCUGGCCAACUUGAGACAGAAACAUGAAGAAGAGAUACUUCUACUGAAGGAGAAAUUGGACGAUCUGCAGCAGGCGUUGGCAUGGAAGACUGAAGACGUAAACAGGUACAGAGAGAUGUUAGAUUCCAAUUCAAUGGCUAACGAAGUUGGGAUGUUGCGACAUCGUCUUGAAACCGAAGAGCACACAAGUGGACAACUUCGUGAAGAUUUGAAACAUCAAAAGCAAAAGAACUGUGAGUUGGACGAACAGUUGAAGACGCUUAUGAUGCUUGUGAAACCAGAUGAUACUCAAUAUGCUUCUACUCCUAUAAAUGGUGGGAUAGAUAAAAAAGGAAGGGAGAAAUUAGAUUUUAAGACGCCUGUUUCCAGGUUUCACGCUGCGCAAAACAAUGUGGAAACUCCCUCAAGUGGAGAAGCUGCUAUCCGGAACGAACUUGUUAAAGCUUAUUCUUUUAAUCGUGAAAAAGAGAAGUUGAUAAGCGAGUUAAAAAAUGAAGUAGAUGCUUUGAAGCAGCACAAUUAUGGAGCUAACAACAUAAAUGUGAGUAAUGUCUCUAAGAUGGAGGAUAGUUGUGACAAUUGUCGAAGGCUACAGUCAGAAUUAGAUGAUAGGAUUGCAGAAAUACGAUGUUUAAAUGAAAAACACAACAAAAAUUUGAGAGAACUGCAAAACGAAAGUGCUGAAGUCAAAUCCAACAUGACAGAUCUCAUUAAAAACUUUGACAAGGAAAAAACAAUGUUGUCGGAGAAACAACAGUCUGCCAUGCUGCAUUUGUUAGAUGAUGCGAAAGAAAAAGUGAAAAUAGAGUUGACCGAGAGAUACGAAGCUGAGAAAAGCCAACUCAUGCAGCAGAUAGAAGAGCUCAAUGGUGAUUUAUUAUACACCAAGGGGGAGUAUGUAAAGUUGGGGGAUGAAAUUAAAAACAUGGAGGAUCUCCUUCGCAAGGAAAUCUCUGAGAAUAAACAAACGGAACUUUUGAAUAUGAAAGAAAAGUUAGAACAUGAGCACAUCGAACAGUUGCAGAAGAAAGAAAACCAGUUAGUGGAUAAAUAUUUGCAAGAUCUUGAAAACGAGAAGUUAAAAUGGCAGCGGGAGUGUAAAGAACUGCACUGUAGAGAUGUCGAGCAGCAAGUUACUCUUGCUAAAAUUGAUUGGUUGCACGAGAACGAGGCCAAGAAAACAGAGGAGAUAAAGGUUGCAGUAAAACUUGCUAAAGCAGAAUGGGUGAAAGAAAAUGCACAAUCUAGCAAUCUGCGACAAAUGAAAAUCGAAGAAGUGGAAACUGAAUGGUCGAAGAAGAUUCAGGUCUUGAAAUCGGAACAGGAGGAGAGCGAGAGAGAACUCCAAGAUAUGAAGCGAGCACUUCAGAAUGCUAACGCUGAAGUGGAUGAAAAGCAAAAGCAGUUGGAUAAGUGUAGGACUGAACUUGAGCAAAAAAUCAAAACAUUACAAACUCUGAAAAAAUCUUCAAGCAAAGAUGUCAACAGGAGCAUGUCGUCUGUCAUUUUUGAUGAUAUUAUGAAGAAAGACAGUAAUGGAAAUAUUUGCAACAAGUGCGAAUGUAAAUCCAGUGAAACAAAGUGGAGAGAAAAGGAGGCGACAUGGAAAUUAAGAGAAGAAGAAUUGUCUCGUUUAGUCGAAGAAGCUCGCGAAAAGUUAAGAUGUGCGCUUGGGAGUAGCGACGUUUUUGAAGAUGCUGUACAAAAAAGCAAUGAAAUUUUAUCACCCAUGGCGGAGAACAGGUUGAAUUAUUUACUCACCACGAAGGAGAAAUUGUGGAAGAUUAAGGAAACUGCUUUUAAGCGCGAAAUUGAAAGUCUUAAAGACGAAAGCGACAAGUUUGAAUCUCAGUGUAGAGGUCUUGAAAAGAGGAAUCAGGAACUGCAGAGAAACUUUGAUAAGUGUGAAGCAGAGCAAGUUGGCGCACAGAAUUUCUACCAACAACAAAUUUCUGAUUUAAAAGACGAAGUAUCGAAACUAAACGAAGCACUAAAUAAAGAACGAAACCAAGUGAGCGAUCAAAAUCUUAAGAUGCAAACAUUUGAGCAAGAAAAGGAACGGAAGAGGAUGGAAGAUAAUGAAAAGUUGGAGCAGUUGAUUUUGAGCGAAAAGAAAAAGUGGCAAGCCCAGUCAGUGAAAUUACAGGAAGAAGCAUUAAAAACCGAAUGUGAGAGAUUACGAAACAACUUGCUGGCAGAAAUUCACAACCAAAAUGACGGUGAACUCGCAAACCAAAUUGAUAUGUUGAAACAGCAACACGAGAUAGAGGUUAGACAGUUAAAGCAAAGUUUUCGCAGCAAGUUAGAACGAAUCAACGAAAUGAAAAAAAGAUUGCUGGAAGAAGAAAAAAUUAAAAGAGAAAAUAUUGAAAAGAAUUUAACAAAGAAACACGAGAACUAUUUAGUGGAACUUCAGCGUCAACACGAGGCUCUAAGCAAAGAACAGCAAGAGGUGUGGAAAACCAACAUGACGCAGGCGCAAGAAGAGAAUAUGGACACGAUUAGAAGUCUGCGAGAAGAACUGAAACAGCUGGAGAAUAACUUCGAGGAAAGAGAAAGAAAAUUUAAAGAAGAAAUGUUGAUUCGUACUCAGGAAGUUGACGGGUUGAAACUUAAUCACCAGAGAGAAUUGCAAGAAUUGAAGCGUGACUACGAAAAGAGAAAAGCAAGUGUGGGAAAGACAACAAGCGCUGCACAGUCUCCUUCACAGGACGUCGAAUCAAUUGAGAAGAUCCGCCAUUUUUACUUGUCAACAUUGAAACAGAUUAACAGUGAUGUGAUGUCACACGUGACUGCGUCAAGAGAAAGAGCUGCGAGAGAAAUACAAUGGGUCAUGCAAAUGGAAAGAAAAAAGAUUAUAUUGGAGCUAAAGGAGACGCAACUUGAACAUAGUCGAUCCAUAUCACCCAGAGAACCAAUUGCGGAUAGCCAUCUUGAUCGAUACGUCUCUCCGCAUUUACGGCACGUCACAGACAAACAAGAAAAUUUGUUUCACUUUCAUGAUACCACGGACCGAAAUGUCAGUACACGAUCACAGAGGGGUGAUAGGCGAACUAAAUAUUCACUGCAUCCGGAGAAGACUUCAGCGCACAAUUUAACUUCUUCAAGAAAUAACGCGCAAGAAGGAGUACCGAGAAGUGCCACUCCACAGCAGGUGCAAAAACAACCAUCGAGUUUUAGAAAAAACUCAAGAACGUAGCGUACGCAACUCUUUUUUAACAUUUUAGAUAUCUCCUGUGAAAAAAAUAUUUUUACUUUUAAUUUAUAAAAUGUAGAAUGAAUUUGAAUGUACAUGUAUGUAUAUAUGUCAAAAAUUUUAAAAAUAUAUUUAUUCCUGGCGCUCUUGAA